AUGCGUCUCAUGAUUGGGACGUCCUCGAAGCCCUCCGCCGCGCUGGAGGAGCCCAAGCCCAGCAGAAAGCAGCCGAGCCCGUGCCUCCGCUCGGUGACGGCCAGGGCGAAGGCAGACCCCAGGUUUGGGGAGAUCUUCCGCUUCGACACCCCCGUGCUGAUGUGGGACCAGCACUUCACCCCGCAGACCUGGGACAGGCUGAAGACGCGGCACGUCCCCUACGGCUGGCAGGGCUUGUCCCACGCAGGUAGGGGCACCGCCAGCGCGGGGGGCAGCGGAUGGGGCAGGGGGGCGAUGCGGGGGGGCGGCGCCCGCUGCGCGGUGGUGGGCAACGGCGGCAUCCUCAACGGCUCGCGGCAGGGCAAGGCCAUCGAUGCGCACGACCUGGUCUUCAGGCUCAACGGUGCCGUCAUCAAAGGCUUCGAGGAGGACGUCGGGACCAAGAUCUCCUUCUACGGCUUCACGGUGAACACCAUGAAGAACUCGCUCAUCGCCUACGAGGAGUACGGCUUCACCCAGAUACCCCAGGCCAAGGACCUGAAGUACAUCUUCAUCCCCUCGGACAUCCGGGACUACGUGAUGCUGAAGUCAGCCAUCCAGGGCAGCCCGGUGCCUGAGGGCUCGGACAAGGGGGACAGGCCACAGAAGUAUUUUGGGCUGGAGGUGUCUGCAGAGAAGUUCAAGCUGCUGCAUCCAGAUUUCCUGCAGUACCUGACAGCGAGGCGCCUGGGCUGGGGCGAUUUCGAGCAGCAGGGAGGUGCCUUGCGGCAGCUCGCAGUGACGGAGCUGAACCUCGGUAGCAGCCACUGGAGAAUCCACAGGAGCACUGUGUUUCAUGGGGUCAGUGCCUACGGGUUCAUCACCGCCAACUACGAGCAGUUCUCGGACCACUACUACGAGCUGGAGAAGAAGCCGCUGGUGUUCUACGCCAACCAUGACAUGAUGCUGGAGGCAGCGCUGUGGAAGAGCCUGCACCGGGCGGGCAUCAUGACCCUCUACCAGCGGUGA